AAUCAAACUCGAUCGCCGCUUUCCGUCUCUCUCCGCCGCUCCGCCACCGAAUCUGCUCAACUCAAACAGUCGGAAAAAUUCAAAAAGAAGUUUGUAGUUCACCAUAAACCCUAAUUAAGAUUCUCCGGGCAACUAAUUUCUUCAGUCUCCUAUUUUGAAGUAUAAUUUCGCUACUCUGCUGAACUCAGCUAGCUAGCUAACUUCAGUUUCCGCCUGCAAAAGUCAAACCAUAGAAUUAUCCGUAGUUACCGGAAUUAUAGUUCGAGGUUGGCACUGAUAUGAAGUGGUGGUGGGGUUGUGGUGGUGUUGGUAUCGAACAUGAGCGAUGGAGGUGGAGGUACCAUAAAGGAAGCUGAGAUUAAUAGUAACUCGACUAACUAUCGCCACUCUAAGAAAAAGAGAUCUCGGAAUGUUGAUAUUACCCAUUCCGUUGCUCGAGUUGCGGUAGCUCAGUUAUUGGAUGAUGCCGGUUUCCAGAGCUUCCAACUGUCGGCCCUGGAUGCCCUGGCUGAUGUGGCGGUACGCUACAUUUGUGACAUUGGGAAAACUGCAAACUUGUAUGCAAAUUUAGCUGGUAGGAGUCAGUGCAAUUUGUUUGAUGUAAUUCAGGGGCUAGAGGAUCUGGGAUCAGUGCAGGGGUUUCCAGGUGCGUCUGAUGUUCAUCGUUGGCUUUCAAGUUCGGGUGUAGUGAGGGAGGUGGGACGGUAUAUUGGAGAGUCUGAGGAGAUCCCGUUUGCAUAUUCUAUUCCUGGAUUUCCAGUUGUCAAGGCAAGGGAGCCACGACAGAGCUUCGCUCAGACUGGAAUGACACCACCUUCAGAGCAUAUACCUUCGUGGCUGCCUGUAUUUCCAGACCCCAAGACUUACGUGAAUUUACAUUCGGGGCAGGAGAAGGCUCUCCAGAAUGGGGAGGGUGAAAAUGAGCAGGUCGAGAAGGACAAGGAUGGCAGUAAGGGUUCAGUAAAUUCGCUGCAGAAAAUUACUAAUGGAUCCGACCCGUCUGUUGCUGUUAACCUAGGGGAUGCUAGAGGAAAACGCUCAGUGGGGUGUAAUCCAUUUCUGGCACCGCCUGUUCAAGCUGGGGAGAAGGAGGUUUCUCCAGUUGUCAUCCCAGCCAAACUUUUGGAUGGCUCCUUCAUGCAGGGUAAUGAUCACGGGGUUUUGGAUAAUCAUAUCUCAGUUUUAGAUACAUUUGCACCUGCAAUCGAGGGGCUCAAUAAUGGGUCGAAAAUUGAUCCAGAUGAUGGAAGGAAGGAUGUGCCUUUCCACAGGAGUUCUACAGUAAAAUUCAAAAUUUUUGGUGUCAGAAAAUCCUCCCUUAGGAGUUUAAGCGUGCCGAAGCAGGAGGUUGCGACAAGUGCAUCUUGGUUAGGUGAUGCUGACACUGAAGAUGAUACGAAAAAGAGGGCGGAGCAGAUCCUAAAACAGUCAUUCGAGUCUGAUGGAGCUGACACUGUUGUAAAUUAGACGUGUUCUGAUUAGAACAUGUACACGUAGCAUGUUGUACGCAGAUGUUAGUUUCACGAUAGUCAGUUAGGAUUGUUUGUAAGUGGGCUUGCUAGAGCAUCCCAGCAUAACAAGUUAUUGAGGUACAUGCUACCCUUUUUCCUCGUGAUCUUUUAUUUAUUACUCUUUCUAGAAUGUUUAAUCUUGUUCGUUGCUAUCUUUCUUCACAGCUUUUCAGCAUUUAUCCAACAGAUUUGCUACUUGUUCAUGUUUUCC